UGGUUCUCUUCCCACUUACAUUAGAAAAAGUUGCUUGACAAGUUUGUUCACAAAACCGGAGUUAGCUCUUUUGAACUUCCGUGAGAACGUGGAUUUGCUUCCUUCCUAUACGCCCUAGCUGUGCAUACUGGCAUGCCGAUAAGUACUCAAUAAUCAGCUACUAACAAUGCAAUCACACUUUUCUGGAUGUUGGUGGAUUCUUUUCCUGAGUUGCGCUAGCGCUGUGCAAGGUGUCAAUCAGAACGUAGCAGAAAGGUUUUCCAAAGGCGAGGUUGUUCCAGAUCUGGUUGACAAAGCUCCCCAGGAAGGCUUGAUGGUUACUUAUACCAAAGGAAAAGAAGUGAAUUUUGGAAAUGAGUUGAAACCCGAAGACACCGAACAUCAACCAAAUGUUGCAUGGCUUUCUCGGGACAGCGACCUUUUUACCAUCAGCAUGUCAGAUUUGGAUGUGCCUAACCGUGAAAAUCCGGUCACCAGAAGUAUAAAUCAUUGGCUGGUGAUCAAUGUUAAGAAGAACGACCUUUCCAGCGGAGAUGUAAUUCAGUCUUAUCGUGGGCCUCAUCCACCGAAAGGUUCAGGUUUACACCGCUACGUUCAGCUGGUAUACAAGCAAACCGGAAGAAUCGACAAGAAUUCAUUGCCCGGUGCCCUAUUUAGUGACCGGAGGAAGUUCAGCAUAAAAAAUUUUGCAAAGGAGCACAACCUGGGUGAUCCAUUUGCGGGAAAUUACUAUGUGGCUCAGUAUGACGGGUUUUUUGACCGUUUGCCCACCAAUUCCAGCGCUUAACUGGAACUACCAUCCAAAUCAUUUAGGGUAACCAGCGGCGGCCAAUUCCAAGCGGUUUUUCUACCUUUGCGGGUCGUCUUUUAUUUGCACCUUACCAUUAAUUGAUAUGCUCUGAAAAUCUUAUUCAUGUGCGACUAACAUACCCAGAAUAAAGCUGCCGAGAUAAAACAACAUCGGGACGACGGGAUCCAUUAUUCCCGAUCAGGCAUUCCAAAAUCUAAAACCACGUCCCUAGUUGUCGCUCAUAUGUUCCGAGGACAGACACUGCAUGUACUUCCGCGCUCAUUUUCAGUACUGAUUCUCUGACGUAAGAACUCCCCCGACGGUUACCACUACUUUCACAAAUUAAUCUUCUUUGACAAUUCCUUGAUCGUGACACAUUUCUUUGUCCAGGGCCCUGUUAGUAAUGGUUUCAAAUGCCAGUGGUUAAUAUUAAUAAUCAUGCACGUAUCGCUUCGCAAACCAAUUGUAUUUUCGUAACUUUUGAACCUUCUCACUUCUGCUGCGCUUCCUGGAUCUACUCGUAACCUGAUCAUGAUAUGCUGCAUAAUUUAGUUGAUUAUUGCCAA